GUAAGGAGGCUGUAUGAGGGACCCUUUAUUGAGCAGUCCCUCCUCCUCAACACCCGAUUCGACAUCCAGAUGAAACACAGGAAAAAAAAAAGUUCAUUUGAGCAAGCGAUGGUGUAUCUAUGCGCGACCAUGUGGCACGAAACCUACGACGAGAUGAUGAACAUCAUCAUCUCCAUAUUCAGACUGGACAAGUACAGACCGAAGACAGAACCCAAGCACAACGAUUUCACCUUUGAAACGCAUAUCUACUUUGACGACGCAUUCGUACACGUCGAAGGGAGUAAAGGGAAUCACCUCAACACAUAUGGACAGGACCUCGUGGCAAUCCUCACAGAAGUUUACGGCAUCUUUACGGACAUCGAUGAAAAGUACUUCGUAAAGAAGCAGCAGAUCCCCGAUCAGAAGAUCAUACGGACGCCGUACGGAGGUCGCCUGGUGGUCACCAUGCCUCACGGGAACAUCAUCAUAGUUCACUUCAAGGACAAAGAACUCAUCCGUCACAAGAAGAGGUGGUCUCAGGUCAUGUACCUUUACUAUCUUCUUGGCUGGAAACUCAUGGGCAAACAUUACGCACGCUGGCAGAAGGGAGGGGACGAGGCCGAGCUGAAAGCGGAACACAACACCUACAUCCUGGCUUUAGAUGGCGACACCGACUUCCAACCCGCUGCUGUGAUGCUGCUCAUCGAUCGUUUGAAAAUGUACCCUCGCGUCGGGGCGGCGUGCGGCCGGAUUCACCCCACCGGAUCAGGUCCCGCGGUGUGGUUCCAGAAGUUUGAAUACGCUGUCAGCCAUUGGCUGCAGAAGACAGCGGAGCACGUGAUUGGCUGCGUGCUGUGCAGCCCCGGCUGCUUCAGUCUGUUCAGAGCGGAGGCGCUGAUGGACGACAACGUGAUGAAGAGAUACUCCACCAAGUCCACGGAGGCGAGCCACUACAUUCAGUACGACCAAGGCGAGGACCGCUGGCUGUGCACUCUGCUGCUGAAGCAGGGAUGGAGGGUGGAGUACAACGCGGCAUCCGAUGCCUACACCAAUGCACCCGAGGACUUCAAAGAACUCUACAACCAGCGUCGCCGAUGGGGACCGUCCACAUUGGCCAACGUGGUGGAUCUGCUCGGCUCCACCAGCAUCGUUUCCAAGAGGAACCCGUCCAUGUCCAAACCGUUCAUGUUCUACCAGCUCUUCGCCAUCACCUCGGCUGUUCUGGCCCCUGCCACAAUCUGCCUGUUGAUUGCAGGUAGUCUGACCUUCGUCUUGACAAUAAACAACAACAGUGCCCUGGUCCUGGCUGUGAUACCUCCUGCCAUCUACAUCGGGCUUUGCUUCAAACUCAAAUCGGACACUCAGAUCAAGGUCGCAGCGAUCAUGAGUAUCAUAUAUGCAUUCCUCAUGUUGGUGGUGUCCAUGUCCAUCAUCGGCGCGAUGGUGAAGGACCAAACCAUCCUGACACCCAGCAGCAUCUUCGUCAUCGCCAUGGCCACGAUUUACAUCAUCACCGCGAUAAUGCAUCCUCAGGAAUCCCAUCUGGUGUUCCAUGGCUUUCUCUACAUCCUCUGCAUCCCAAGCGCCUACCUCCUGCUCACCAUCUACUCCAUGGUCAACAUGAACAACGUGUCCUGGGGCACGCGGGAGACGAAGGCCGCCACCGGAGCUGCAACACCAGAUCCCGUCGCCAAGGAGACAAAAACCCAGAAAGCCAAAAACUGUUGGCAAAGGUUCUUCACGUGGUGCAAAUGCUGUAAAAAACCCGACUACAGAGCCGGAGUAGUGCAAGCCCCCGUCAACCAGGACAACCUGAUCAUCGAGGUCGAGCAGCCUGAGCGCCAGCCCCAAAACACCAUUGUGUCGGACAAUAGCACCCCAGAGGAACCGCCGCAAGCAGAGCCUGUUUUCAACGCUCCGAACCAAUGUUUCGUCACACAACUACAGAGCAAGUCCACUGACAUGCAGCUGCAGGAGGAAACGCUCGACGAGGAGGAGGAGAAGUUCUUCAUAGAGCUUCAGAAGAAGUACCUGGAACCUCUACAGGACGACAAAGAGAGACAGAAAAAGAUCAGCCGUGAGCUGCGAGAGCUGAGGAACAAGAUCACCUUCGCCUUCUUCAUCGUGAACUGCCUGUGGCUGGUGGCGACGUUUACCCUCCAGCUCUUCGAGACCUCCUUCUCCAUCAGGGUGCCCAAGGUCGACAUCAACCUCCAGGACACCGGAGAAGACGUUCAAAUCGACCCCAUCGCCUUCAUGUUCAUCCUGGGAUUCGCGACAUCGGUUAUCAUCCAGUUCCUCACGAUGUUCUACCACAGAAUCAACACUCUGAUCCAUUAUGUGGCCUUUUUGGACACAGAGAGAAAACAGCAAAGGAUUAAACCAACUAAACCACACAAAGAGGUGGCCAAGGAGAUGUCCGAAUUCGACUCCAUCUCCGAGACCAUCUCCGACGUCAGCGUCGCCACAACCGUCGACGAUGACGACGACGAAUUCUCCGAAUUCGACGAAAGCGACGACGAGUUCUACGAAGACGUCGAAGGGACCUCGAUGUAAAAACGCUCCCCUGGCACUUUUUAGCACUUUAAAUUAGACAGUGAAAUCAAAAAGGACUUUAUUAUUGUACAUAUAAUUUAUUCACAACACUACGUUGUAUUGAAACCGAUUUGUCACAAAGUGCUUUCAUUCUCGAUGUGUAGAAAAAUGUGUGUUGUGAAAAUGUGUGUGCAAAUGAAAGCGCCAGGUCACAGUAAAUGUCUCAUUAAUAAUGACAUGUAUGAAGGAACUGUUAUGUUAUGAUAUACCCUGCAUCUUAGUGUUCUUAGAGUUUAUUGCCUCUGUGUUUUAAAACACUGUAAUGUGAAGUGGAAUGA